CUGAUGAUUCCACAGACCUCACAAUCCCCAAAAGAGAAAGCUCUCUUUGCGCCUUCUUCUAGAAAACUCUUCUCACUCUCCUUAAACCUCCAAAAAGGGUUUUUCUUUCUUUUCCCGUUACUACACAACAGAUAAGACCUUCUCUGUAAAAUCUGAAAUGGUUCCUGCCUCCUUGAGUCGAAGCCUCUGCACUACUCCUUUGACUUCAGUUCCAUUCUCUCCCACCCGUCUCUCUCCCCUCACAACCUCCUUUCUCCCUCGCCGCGGCGGCGGUCUGAGAACCGGCGCUUCGUGCAGCUGGAGCCUCGAGAAGAAGAGAUGCGGUCGCUUCGCCGUGAAGUGCGACGCCGCCGUGGCGGAGAAGGAGACGGCUGAGGAGAAGUUCGAGUACCAAGCGGAGGUAAGCAGGUUGUUGGAUUUGAUUGUUCAUAGCUUAUACAGUCACAAGGAGGUUUUCCUCAGGGAGCUUGUUAGUAAUGCGAGUGAUGCUUUGGAUAAGCUGAGGUUCUUGAGUGUGACGGAGCCUGCUUUGCUUGGAGAUGGUGGUGAGCUUGAGAUUCGGAUCAAGCCUGAUCCUGAUAACGGAACCAUCACCAUUACUGAUACUGGAAUUGGCAUGACAAAGGAAGAACUUAUAGACUGCCUUGGAACUAUUGCUCAGAGUGGUACUUCCAAAUUCUUGAAGGCUCUCAAGGAGAACAAGGACCUUGGUGCUGAUAACGGUUUGAUAGGACAGUUUGGUGUUGGGUUCUACUCUGCUUUCUUAGUUGCUGAAAAGGUUGUUGUGUCCACCAAGAGCCCAAAAUCUGACAAGCAGUACGUUUGGGAAUCGGUUGCUGACAGUAGCUCUUAUGUGAUCAGAGAAGAAACAGACCCUGACAACUUCCUACGCCGUGGAACGCAAAUAACUUUGUAUCUAAGGGAUGAUGAUAAAUACGAGUUUGCGGAGUCUACAAGAAUCAAGAACCUUGUUAAAAACUACUCUCAGUUCGUUGGGUUUCCCAUCUAUACAUGGCAGGAGAAAUCAAGGACUGUUGAGGUUGAAGAGGAAGAACCACCCAAGGAUGGAGAAGAAGAGAAAGAGGGUGAGCCAAAGAAGACAAAGAAGACUACUAAGACUGAGAAGUACUGGGAUUGGGAACUAGCCAAUGAAACAAAACCGUUAUGGAUGCGUAGUCCUAAAGAAGUGUCAAAUGAGGAAUACAACGAGUUCUACAAAAAGGCUUUUAGUGAGUUCUUGGAUCCACUCGCUCACACACACUUCACAACCGAGGGUGAGGUUGAGUUCAGGAGCAUUCUAUAUAUCCCUGGGAUGGGUCCACUUAACAAUGAGGACGUCACAAACCCCAAAACAAAGAACAUUCGUCUCCACGUUAAGCGUGUGUUUAUCUCUGAUGACUUUGAUGGAGAGCUGUUCCCAAGAUACUUGAGCUUUGUGAAGGGUGUGGUGGAUUCAAACGAUCUUCCACUUAACGUUUCACGUGAAAUCCUCCAAGAAAGCAGAAUCGUAAGAAUCAUGAGAAAGAGGCUCAUUAGGAAGACUUUCGACAUGAUACAAGAAAUCUCUGAAAGUGAAAACAAAGAGGACUACAAGAAGUUCUGGGAGAACUUUGGUAGAUUCCUUAAGUUGGGUUGUAUUGAAGACACUGGUAACCACAAGCGUAUUACACCGUUGCUUAGAUUCUACAGCUCCAAGAAUGAAGAGGAGCUGACGAGUUUGGAUGAAUAUAUUGAGAACAUGGGUGAGAACCAAAAGGCUAUCUACUACCUUGCCACUGAUAGUCUGAAAAGUGCCAAGUCUGCUCCUUUCUUGGAGAAACUAAUUCAAAAAGACAUUGAGGUUCUAUACUUGGUUGAACCAAUCGAUGAAGUUGCGAUUCAGAAUCUACAAACCUAUAAAGAGAAGAAGUUCGUUGACAUCAGCAAAGAAGAUUUGGAACUUGGUGAUGAAGAUGAAGUGAAGGAAAGAGAAGCUAAGCAAGAAUUCAAUCUUCUGUGUGAUUGGAUGAAACAGCAGCUUGGUGACAAAGUUGCCAAAGUCCAAGUCUCAAACCGUUUGAGCUCUUCUCCUUGUGUGCUUGUCUCUGGCAAGUUUGGUUGGUCAGCUAAUAUGGAGAGGUUAAUGAAGGCCCAAGCGCUUGGAGACACUUCAAGCUUGGAGUUCAUGAGAGGUAGGAGAAUACUAGAGAUCAAUCCAGAUCAUCCUAUCAUCAAAGACUUGAAUGCUGCUUGUAAGAAUGCACCUGAGAGCAGUGAAGCAACAAGAGUGGUCGAUCUCUUAUAUGACACUGCUAUAAUCUCAAGUGGAUUCACUCCUGAUAGCCCCGCUGAGCUGGGGAACAAGAUAUAUGAGAUGAUGGCUAUGGCAGUUGGAGGAAGAUGGGGACGAGCUGGAGAAGAGGUUGCAGAUGAAGGAAGCUCGAAUGUGAAUGAAGGAGAAGCAGAAGUCAUUGAACCAUCUGAAGUCAGGGCAGAGAGUGAUCCAUGGCAAGAUUGAUUUCAACAUCUUUUCUUGUUUACUAUAGUGAAUUUUUGACAAAAAUGCUUCUGCUUUCUACUAGGAUUGUCUUCUUUUUUGUUUGGGGAUACGAGUAUCAUGGGCCUAUGAAAGCCCAUUAUUGGAUCAUGUGAUGUGAACGAAAUAAUUAAUUCUAUCAAAAGUUACCUA